AUGUCGAUUCGAAGGACGGAAAUAGUGGAUUAUGUAGUAGCUCUAAUACAAAUUUCAACAUCAAUGCAUCUUAAAGCAUUACAUUUGACCGCUGUUGGACAUACUAAAACUGCUAAAGAGAUGAAUGAAAUAGAGUAUUUCACUCUACUUUCUGUUCCUUAUAUACCAGUACCAAUAUUCUGCCCUAUUCAAAUUCAAACUGUCAAAUCUAAAUCAGCUUGUGGUAACACGGUAAAAAAGAAUAUAAAUCCGCACAAGCAGGACAAUUUCGUCCAUCAAAAAUCUCGUCCAAAUAGAAGUACCAUCAGACUCUCCGACCAGAGUUACACGCCGAAAUACGGUAUUUCACGUGAAAAUUGUUGUCGAGAUGGUGUAUCAUGCAAUCUCGUAACUAAUAGCGAUCGAGGAUAA